UUUGCUUUCUGGAAUAGCAUUAUGAAUAAAGGAAAAAAAUGAAAGGUUUUAUGUUACUUAGAAGUAUGUUAAUUUAACAAUAUUGGGAGAUUUUCUAGAUAUCCUUUUAAUAUUAAUUUCUAGUUUAAUUUCAUUGAGGUCCAAGAACAUAAUUCUUACAAAUUCAGUGUUUUCAAAUUCACUUAAACUAAUUUGGCAGCGGUCACUGAGCAGAUCAGACCCCCCUCAUUCACAUGCCUCCCUCUACUUCCUCAGUAACUAUGUCUGAUAAACCCAAUAUGGCCAAGAUUGAGAAGUUUGAUAAGUUGAAAUUGAAGAAGACAGAAAUACAAGAGAAAAAUCCACUGUCAUCCAAAGAAACAGUUGAACAGGAAAAGCAAGCAGGUUAAUCGUAAUGAGACCCACACUGCCAAUAUGCA